GUGGAGACUUCUUCGCAGAGGCAGGAUCACAGAGCACAGCAGCACGACUCCCUCCAUCCACAGGUUGCGGUGCGAAUCUCUCCUCCUCUCUGAGCAUCUUGGCAACCCAGACUUAAGAGUACAAUCGGUGGACAUGAACUAAGUAGUCAAAGGAUGCGUUUGGCUGAACGAUUUGGACUUUUGAUUGUGCAGAUUCUCAUGCGCAAAAUGCCGAAUCCGCAGCCUUAAACGACUUGAUUAUAGACUACCUGACCAUUCGAUUGUAUUGCGCAGGACUGUUUUGUUGUUAAAAAAAUAAGAAAAAAAUUAUAUAUCUCUUCUUAACAUUUCUUCCGCGGACUGUGCGUUUUAUUCGAGACCACCAUGCCACAGGUCCUUCACUUCAACUGCACCACGGUGACAACAGCAACAUAAUGGCAUGUAGGAGCGGUUGCUGCUGCGGCUCCAGUCCAAUAAACGACGAUAACGCCAGGUUUCUGCUCCUGGCAUUGUUCAUCAUCAUCUAUCUCUUUUGUGGGGCCGUAGUUUUCUCAGCACUGGAGCAGCCGAAAGAACGAGAGGCUAAGGAGCGCUGGGCGCAGAGGUUCGAUCAUUUCAGCCAGAAGUAUAACCUGAGUAAGAAGGACCUGAAGAACUUCCUCAGGAACUACGAGGAGGCGAACGUAGCCGGUAUCCGUGUGGACACAAUCAGACCUCGGUGGGACUUCACCGGCGCUUUUUACUUCGUGGGAACUGUGGUAUCAACCAUUGGAUUUGGGAUGACCACUCCUGCCACCAUUGGAGGAAAAGUCUUCCUGAUGUUCUAUGGUCUGCUUGGCUGCGCAGCUACCAUCCUCUUCUUCAACCUGUUUCUGGAGCGUGUCAUCACCGUCAUCGCUGUUGUCCUCAAGUCCUGUCACAAACGACACCAUAACAAGGCUUUGCUCCCACAAAAUGCCCGGCAAGUCUCUGAGGGAAACAGAGCAGGUGGAGCAGCGGGAGGUGGAGGAGGAAAAGGGGAGGAUCUGGUUGGCUGGAAGCCUUCAGUCUACUGUGUCAUGCUCAUUCUAGGGGCAGCAGCCAUCUUGGUGUCCUGCUGUGCUUCGCUCAUGUACUCGGCAGCCGAGGGCUGGGGCUACCUGGACUCGCUCUACUUCUGUUUUGUGGCCUUCAGCACCAUCGGUUUUGGAGAUAUGGUGAGCAGUCAACAGGUCGUCUACGAGGGCCAUGCAACAGCUGCAUAUCGGCUCGGCAACUUCUUCUUCAUUCUGACCGGCGUCUGCUGCAUCUACUCUCUCUUCAACGUCAUCUCGAUCGUCAUCAAACAGGUCCUCAACUGGCUGCUAAGAAGGCUGGAAGCCCCCUGCCGCUGCUGUUUUCCCAGGAGGGGUCACCACCCACAUCGGCACCCCCGACGGAAUGUGGUGGCCCCAGGUCAUCUGCGUACCCGCAGAAAUCCCUCCAUUGAGACAGACGCCAUCAACGAGAGCGAGACUGACCUUGGGCGCAGGAUGUCUGGGGAGAUGAUCUCCAUGAGGGACUUCUUAGCAGCCAACAAGGUGAAUCUGGCUAUUAUGCAGAAACAGCUCUCAGAGAUGGCCAUCGGGCAACCGCGCCAGUCCAGCUCCAGUUCAUGUCAGAAUGGAUUCUUGGGAGGGGUGGGUGCUCUUGGAAUCAUGAACAAUCGCCUGGCAGAGACUAGUGUAGACAGAUAGGGGAAACAGUGAGAAUCCUUUUGCAGAGGAUACAAAAGGCUGAGAGGAUGAGGCUUGUAAGCACAAACAGACUCUGAGGACUGUCUUCCUGAAGAAAAAGCAAGAGUUGGGUGGUGUACAAGGCUGAAUUUAUGACUACGCUAUGUAUCCUUUCCAUCAACAAGCAGGCUGACCCCCAGCAGCUACAGCUUAGAAUCAAACCAUCUAAGCCCACUUUCCUGUCAAGAACAUGGCUACAUGAAUGAUGCAUGAUAGUUUGCUGGAGUCUCACAUCUGGGCCAGGCUCAGAGUGCUGGAAUGUUCCCACGUGAGAAAUUUUGUUUCCAUGGUGAUAAAAAGCCUUCCUAGAGCCCUUGUAUCUACACUUUAAAGACCUGGUACACACUACAUGCUACUUAACACCUAACCAAAACUACCACUCUUUUGCAGUACUUCACAAUACCCAUUUUGACUCUACCCAUAUCCAUACUGUAUCCAUCUCUGUAAAGGACAUUAAUAAUAGAAAAAUAGCUUUAAUAAAAUGGGUGUUUCUUUG